UGGAGCGCGGAGGAGGACGCGCUGCUCCUCAAGGCCAUCGAGGCCAAUGGGACGCGGAAGUGGAGCGUGCUCGCGUCGCACCUGCCCGGCCGGACGGGCAAGCAGUGCCGCGAGCGAUGGCACAACCAGCUGAACCCCGACAUUAGCAAGUCGCCGUGGACCGAGGACGAGGACCGC